AUGAACAGAGAAGUGAUCAGGAGGAGACAAAGCGAAGCAAGAAGAGCAGCAGCAAAGCCGCAGCAGGAGAUAGCUGAUAGGGCGGUGCCGCUGUCUUUGUAUGUUGCGCUGCAGCACUGGGAACAGCAGCAGCAGCAGCAGCAGCAGCAGCAACAGCAGCAGCAGCAGCAGCAGCGCAACAGGGAACGUGGGGGAACGGCAGCACACGAUCCCGUUCUCUUCUAUGGUGCGUAA